AUGGGGAACGAUAAGUACAUGCUCUGUACGUUCUUACUAUGAAAUUCGUCUAUUUUUAUUUGAGAAAAUUCAAAAGGAACAACUGGCUUCCAGAUUUUAGGACGAUGGAAAUUUAACGGCGAUGAAAUUCUCUGCUUCGACCGCUAUAGACGUUGACACCAAGAAACAAUUUCCUUAGGUUAUUCACCCGGAAUAAAGCUGUUCUCUGGACAGGCUACACCGGCCUGUGCACACUCUCUCAGCCAUGGCUCUGGUUACUUUGCAGCGCUCCCCUACCCCAAGCGCUGCAUCCACAGCCAGCACAACCACCACCAACGUGGGGGAGGACUUUGGGAGUGAUGAUGAGCGCCGGCUAAAUCAGAGCCUGAGCGAGAGCUUCUUCAUGGUGAAGGGUGCCGCCCUCUUCCUGCAGCAGGGCAGCAGUCCUCAGGACCAGAAAGCACAUCCCCACCACAAACAUGCAGGAGACUUACCUCAGCACCUGCAGGUGAUGAUCAACAUUCUUCGCUCGGAGGACCGAAUCAAACUGGCGGUGCGGCUGGAGAGUGCCUGGUCAGACAGAGUGCGUUACAUGGUGGUGGUGUACACCAGCGGACGACAGGACACAGAGGAGAACAUCCUGCUGGGCAUAGACUUCAGCGACAAGGACAGUAAAAGCUGCUCUGUUGGCAUGGUGCUGCCUCUGUGGAGUGACACCAAGAUCCAUCUGGAUGGAGACGGGGGUUUCAGUGUGAACACAGUGAGCCGGAAUCAUGUCUUCAAACCUGUGUCUGUACAGGCCAUGUGGUCGGCUCUGCAGAUCCUCCACAAGGUGUGUGAGGUGUCCCGUAGGUACAACUACUUCCCCGGGGGCAUGGCCCUCACCUGGAUGGGUUACUAUGAGAGCUGCAUCGCCUCAGAGCAGAGCUGCAUCAACGAGUGGAACGCCAUGAGAGACCUGGAGACCUUGCGGCCUGACUCCCCCACCAUGUUUGUCGACAAGCCCACAGAAAGGGAGCGGACAGAGUGCCUUAUCAAAGCCAAACUCCGUAGCAUCAUGAUGUUCCAGGACCUGGAGAACGUUACCUCUAAACAGAUCCGGACGGAGCUGGAGCAGCAUAUGAGCUGUAACCUGAUGCAGUACAAGGAGUUCAUCGACAACGAGAUGCUGCUGAUCCUGGGCCAGAUGGACAAGGCAACACUCAUAUUUGACCACCUCUAUUUGGGAUCUGAAUGGAAUGCCUCCAAUCUGGAAGAGCUUCAGGACACUGGGGUGGGCUAUAUCCUCAACGUCACCAGGGAGAUAGAUAACUUCUUCCCAGGAACAUUCUCCUACCACAACAUACGGGUCUAUGACGAAGAGGAUACAGACCUGCUGGCCCACUGGAACGAGACAUACAACUUCAUAGUUAAAGCAAAAAAGAACCACUCCAAGUGUCUGGUCCACUGUAAGAUGGGUGUCAGCCGCUCAGCCUCCACCGUUAUUGCUUACGCCAUGAAGGAGUAUGGUUGGUCACUGGAGAAGGCCUUCAACUUUGUCAAGCAGAAGAGAAGCAUCACACGGCCCAACACAGGCUUCAUGAGACAGCUGGCUGAGUACGAGGGCAUCCUGGACGCCAGUAAGCAGCGCCACAACAAGCUGUGGCGUCCUGACCGCCCCGACCCAGACUGUGACCUCCAUGAGGGCCAGCAGGCCCAGUGCUGUGGGGGGGAGUACCCAGCGAACCGGACCCCUGAGCCGGGGAUGUCCCCCUGCUAUGAGGAGGCUCUUGAGGAGAAGGGGGCGGCAUGUCCCCUUUCCCCCUGCAGGAUGAUCAGUCUGGAGGUGGACCCCGCCUACAACAACUACUACUUCCGCAGGCUGUCUGACUCGGCCCUGGACAGUGACCCCUCCACGCCGGUGCGCGCUCCGCCCCUCCUGGACAUGGAGCGGGUCUUCAUAGAGAUUGAGGACGUGGAGCGCGACGCCCUGCUGGAUGACGAGGCCUUUGAGGGGCGAGAGGGCAUGCCGCUGCCACACUUUGGGCUGGCUGGGGUGGGGACGGCGGCCCAGACCUCUUGCCGAGGACCAGAGCCCCUGGAAGAGCUGCGCCUGCGUCUGGAGUUCAGCACCGUAGAGGAGGAGGAUGAGGAGGAGGUUCAGAAAGAUGAGGCAGAGAUGGAGGCGUUAGCACAGCCAGGAGGAAGAGUGGGGAGUGCAGGAGGAGGUGAUGGUGAUGGAGAGGUGGAGAUGGUUCAGGAAGAGGAGGGAGAGAAGGAGGGCAAUGGGCUGGACCUGGUAACCCUGAACCAGAACUCCAACAAUAACAACCACUUUAAUAACCUGUCCAGCCUCAAUGACACUGCUCCUUCCAAACCCGCUCACCCAGUCAAGCCUUCAGCUCUCUCGCGAUCAGACAACAAGCCCAGCCAUAACAUGGAUUCACUGACCCAGGAUGCUGAUCUCUGCCUUAACCCCACACACCUCCCCAGCGUGCCCAGUGUCUCUGUGGAGGUCCCAAGUGCCACUCUCCCUUUCCCACUUACCUCCCCCGACACACCCUGUACCCCCAGCCUGCUGCACCCCUGUGGCCCUCUGUGUGACUGUGCCAACUGUGCUGCUCCGCCCUCUACACCUCUGCCUGAUGCCCAGGACUCCCCCUGCUCUCUGACAUCUGAGGACAUAGCUGGUGAGGCCAAGGGUGAGGAAGGGGAGCUUUUAGGGGUCUCUGAGCCUCUCCCUGUCCCAGAGCUGCUGGGACUGAACCUGGAGGAGAAGAGGCCGGUGGUGGCCUGCUACGUGGCCCAGCAGCAGGAGACUCUAGUGCAGCUACAGAGGUCAGGGCUGGUCCGCCGGAGGGCAGAGAGGCUGGAGAGGCUGUCAGGUCUGUCCCAGGAGGGGCUUCAUCCCUUGGAGCCUCUAGACAGCCCCCACUCAGGAGCCAGGGAGGGCCCCAGUCCUGUGGAGGUGGAGUUCUCAGCCUUCCCAGAAGACUUCCCCAAGUCCUCCACACCAUGCCCAGUGCCCCUAGAGCUGCUGGUGGUUCCUCUGACUAACGAGGCUCUGCUGGGUGCAGUGGGCUCUGGGGGGCUGACGCCCAACUCUUCCCCCCAUGGCUCCACACUGACACGUAGCUCCAGCAGUGACAGCAUCCGCAGCGUCAGGGGCAAACCCGGCCUGGUGCGCCAGAGGGCUCAGGAGAUCGAGACCCGCAUGCGGCUGGCCGGCCUCACCGUGCCCUCAAGCCUCAAACGCUCCAACUCACUGGCCAAACUGGGCAGCCUCAACUUCUCGGCUGAAGACCUGUGCUCCGUCUGCUCCUCGGAUGCAGGCACCCUCCUGCUCCUCUCUCUUUCCCCAGAGCCAGGCCUACAAUGGGAGUGCCCCUCCACCUCUUCCUCCACCCAGCCCAGAGCACACAGGGACCAGACCACCCCAGAGAGAGCACUGUCCGGGGGUCCCAGGAGCUGACAGGAAGGAUGGAGGGACACUCCUCCACCCAUCCCUCCAUCCCCCAAUCUGAGCUGGGGAGGGUCACACAGAUUUUGGAGAGGGGAGAGGGACAGUCUUAAAAAACAAAUGUGUAUAUAGAAUUAUACAUGUAUAAAUAAACAUUUGAAUAAUAUAAAUAUAUAUUAAUAUAAAUCCACAUCAUAUAUAAGGAAAAAUAAACAGAAUCCAAAUAUUAUACCAUAAUCCAGACGGUAUCUUGGUUGAAGGCUGCUCGGUAUCUUGGUUGAAGGCUGCUCGGUAUCUUGGUUGAAGGCUGCUCGGUAUCUUGGUUAAAGGCUGCUCGGUAUCUUGGUUGAAGGCUGCUCGGUAUCUUGGUUAAAGGCUGUUCUUGCAUGGAGCGCAAUGAAUGUGUGCGCAAAGAUGAACCUCAUACAGAAGACCUGGUCUCCAUCAGGACUUAAAGUGGUGUUCAUGUCUGGUCCUCUGCCUUUCUAGCUGUCCAGAGAUCAGAGUUACAGCUUCAUCAUUAUCAUAAUCAUUAUCAUAAUCAUUAUCAUCACCAUCAUAUACCCUGCCUUUCACAAGCAGAUACAUUUUGUUUUUAUCACAGACUUUAUCAUCACAAUUUGUUGUUUACUUUUCCAUUGGUUAAUGUUAAUUGUGGUGUAUUUUGAUUAAGUGCUGCCUUAGUCAGAGUUGAUCAUCAGAUGAUAUUGAUUUUGCGCUAUCAUUGGGUAUAGAGCUCCCGAAGUUUCACCAUGUACUGAAAACAAAGGGGAGAAGUGGGUAUAGUUGUCUGUGUUGUAUUUGUCACUGCUAUCUUGGGUUCAGUAAGCAAUAUGAGACGCACAUAGACCGUAAACUUGUCAUAACACAAACAGCACCAUUAAUUCGGUGUGCAUCAUGUAUUUUGGGGAGAAAUGUCGUGAUAGGUCAAAUGUAUGUGACAUCAUCAUAUCGGGUAUGCUAAAAUGUUUUCUUCCUCUUUUCACCUCAGUGUUAAUGACUAUCCGUUACAGGUUGGAGGCUGUUACGAUAUUAGAAAUGUAUUUAAAAAAUCAUACAAGCAUAGAAUCUAGCUCCUCUGCUUCUGAGCCUGCGUUGUAUUUAGGUAUUUGCAUAAAAAAGUUAAUCAAUCAGAUUAAUUUUGGAUGAGCCAAAUAUAUAUAUCAGAAAUCAUUUUCAAACAAUUCAGAUCCCAAAACAUAGAAUACAAAAACAAAAAGACCAUAGCCCCCUCCUGUAAGUACUGCGGUGUGAUUCCACUUCUGUAAGAAAAGUAAUUCCUUCGUCCUAGUCCCCUCCAUUUCUGACGCUUUCAUGCUAUAAUGUCCUCCAAGCUUCCAACAUGUCCCCGUGUCAAAACAUCCAGGUGUCAUUCCAAGAAUCUUCUGGGACCAUUCAACCUCUGUGACACCGCGGUGAAGUGGUGCUUUUCAUUUUGUUCAAGUAGUUCUACAGACCCCGCUCUUGUCAGGUGAGAAGUUCACAUGCUUUAUCAUAGAGAUCCUACAUCUCUACGGGCUGUAUGUUGUAUCUAUAUAGGAUCUCUACAGGCUGUAUGUUGUAUCUAUAUAGGAUCUCUACAGGCUGUAUGUUGUAUCUAUAUAGGAUCUCUACAGGCUGUAUGUUGUAUCUAUAUAGGAUCUCUACAGGCUGUAUGUUGUAUCUAUAUAGGAUCUCUACAGGCUGUAUGUUGUAUCUAUAUAGGAUCUCUACAGGCUGUAUGUUGUAUCUAUAUAGGAUCUCUACAGGCUGUAUGUUGUAUCUAUAUAGGAUCUCUACAGGCUGUAUGUUGUAUCUAUAUAGGAUCUCUAUGGGCUGUAUGUUGUAUGCAGGGUAGUCCGUAGUUGUCUGGUUUAUAGUCUUAAUAUGGUUGUCUCCUGAGCCCCCCAUACUGUACCUGGACUCUCACCUGAGAUUCAACAACAGUAGAGUACAUGAGAAUGAUAUGAUGACACAGCCAAAGGGGCCGGAGAAAGCCAUUCGCUUAACAACAUCUUGCAGCUCCUUUCUACCCUCCCUUCCCAACAUGGAUUAGCCUGUGUCUAGGCCUGGAUUUACCCGUGUAGUUGUACAGGUUCUUUCUGAGACUGGCUACACUGAACACUAAUCUUAUUAGGGGUAGCGAAGUAGUAGCGAAGCUGAGAGAAACCCUAUUGUAUUUGUUGCCGUUCAUUGUUAUACCGGUUCUUUCCGCAAGGAAAAGUAACAUGCAAAUUCCUGUGUAAUGGUAGGGCUGAGGAGGGUACAACUUGGCAUGAUGGGAAAGGCCCAUAGUCCACACCGUCUCAUGUAAUGCCACGCCAGGGCCUCAUGGUGGCGCUAUAUCAAGCGCUUGAAAUUGCACAAUUUGAAAGGUCAUGCGCCUUAUCCCAUGUGACCUAUAGUCCUGAAAUUCAGUACACAGGUUUCUCUCCUCACAAGGAACACAUUUUCCUCAAGAUCCCAUAAGGUCCGCUAUGAUGGAUUUUCUGCCAUUUAGAAUUUUUUGAAAAACACUUAAAUUAAAUCUCCUCCGGAACCACUGGGCCGAUCAGGUUGAAACUUGAUUUAUAGCAUCUAUGGACCAAGGUCUCUCAAUGCAAUAUUUUCCUGGCUAGCAUCUGAAAGAACAUGAACCAAUAAACAUUCAAGUGGGCGUGACCUGGCACAUAAAUGCAUAAAAAUCUGACACGGUUAUUCAUAUUGUAACAACUUGCUAUACAUGUUCAAAACACUGUCUGAACUUAACGUAUGCAAGCACAUUUAGAUCGACCACACAGUGGCUAAAAUGGGCACAUAUUUACAUCUCUUGAUCUGUUUGACUUAGUCGUGAAAUUUGGCACACAUGCUCAGGGAGGCGAGUCUAGCUAAACUGUAGAGUAUGGUUCUGUUUGGCCGCAUGGGGGCGCUGUUGGACAUGAAAAAUAAUACAUGCGAGCUCAUUGGCUUAUAGCGGCCAUAUUGUUUGAGCUAGAGUCUUAUUUGAAGACGUGUCUAUAGAUGCUAAAUACCAAAUUUGGUGCUGAUCGGUCCAGCGGUUCUGGAGAAGAUGUUUAAAGUAGUCAACAUUUGAAAAGGUCCAAAAUACAUCAAAAGUAUGUUGCAUGAUCUGUUGGAUUUUGAGUUCUGAUAUUUGGAAAGCGUGGGAAGGAGUACAGAAGUGGCUCGCCCUAGGGUGACGUGUUUAAUUUGCUCUGGAGUCAUAGCUUGAACCCCGGCAUGGCUGCUUGCAGCUAUAUGUUAAACUGCUCUCAGUCAGGUUUAUAAUUUGAGCAGGGAACUCACAGGAUUCCCCACCUCCGUAACUUCUUUUUGAUCCACGGUUGUCUGUAAUCAUGUCCUUUAUUGCGUCUGAGAACUGAGUUGUGCUGCAUAAUUGAAUUUGUGAGCAGUUGCAUUGGGAGUUGUACAAAGUCUUCUUUAGGUUCCAGAGAACGUUUUUCUCUGAUCUUUCCUCUGAGGGUCACACCAUUCCUCAUGCAUGAAGUCACAAGAGCCAUGUGCCAUUUCACUUCCAUCAUUCUUCUUUCUCUCCCUCUUCCUGUAUCACUACUGCUGUUCUGAAAGUGUCCCACUGACUAUUUCACAUUCUAUGUCACCCAAUUCAUUCCACUCAGCUUGUCUUCAUCUAUAAGUGAAAAGAAUAGAGGUUCUUUAUGCAACAUCUUGCUACUUUGCCAUAUGUUUUUUUACAAAAAUGUUGCAGUCAAAUAUUUUGUUUUGAAAUGUUUUUUUAAGUUCAGUAUUUGUGUGUUUGUGCAUGAGAGUGGUUACAUGGUUACUGUGAACUAUUUAUGAGAAGUGAAAAUAAACUUUAAACACAUGAAUAGGUUCAUAUUGCACAUGCAUUUCUCCCACAAGUAUGAGAGCACAUGAAGUAUGUACUGUAUGUUAAUAUGUAUGUACAGUAGUUGAUGAUGUUACAGAAGAUACUGCUGUAUAGUACUGUUUGUAUGUGUCUGGUAACAUGGAGAGCACAGACUUAAUUCUUCCCAAUGACUCCAGUUCCUGUGCGGACACACACACUGUUACUGCAAGCAGUGUCCUUCCAGUUUUAAUCAGUUGUACUGUGUGUGUGUUUGUGUAUGUAUGUACAUAUGCUAUUUUAUUGAAAUGCUGUGUCAGAGAUGCCUGUUUUUAUUUUUGGUUCUAUUGGGCACAACCCAUACAGCCACUUACCGCUGAAAUCUUGACCUCAAAGAAAGUGUUCAAUUAGCUGGCACAUUGCCUGUCUACCCAGGGUUCUCCCCAAAGAAUGUAAUAGAGGCGCUGUGCCACCUUGUGGACUAGCUGCGCCACUGUAAUAUUUAGUUUUUAAGUCAAUUAAAAAUAAACAUAGUACUUUAUUUGUUAUCAUAUAUGAUUUUUGGGAGGUCUAAAUUGCAGUAAAUGGCAGUUACAGGUGUUAAAAAAAUGCCAAAAUUCCUGGGGAGAACCCUGCUACCAUGAUAACAUUUAUGAUGCACUAUCAAGGAAAAGAUACUGUGUAAAAGUGUAUAUUUGUUGUGGCACACAGAAACACUGAUGUGCACAUAUACAGUACCUCUGUACUGUAGAGAUGGCUCUGUAAUGUUUCUCCCCAGUUUACACCCUUGCUGCUUUCAUUACAGGAUGAGGGUUUAGUUGCCGUUUUUCCUUCUCUGCUGUACAGUAGAUCUCAGAAGGCAGAACGAUGGAUGUGCUUCCCAGGUGCAAGGCCAACAUCUCUGGACAGCAGGGCUGUCCUAUGGUGUGUGAAUGUGUGUGCAAUCAUGUAAUAUGCACACUGGUUAAAAUGUGAGUGGCAAUCUGGUCCCUUUUAAAAAUGUAUGCCAACCUCUGUUGUGGGGUGUGUUCAGUGUGGCGUCUGAUGCUGCACACAGUGCAGAUGGCGGUCCUUAGUGGUAUAUGAGUGUGUGAGCCAUUAGUCCACAUCCAUUUAGGUUUGAUUUAUGGACACACAAGUGCCUUAGCCGGGAGACCAGAGGCAUAGAGCAGUGUGUGUGUGUGUGUGUGGAGCUGCCAGUAUUUCAGAGGGUUUGGAUGGAAGGGUAGAUGCAUGAUGGGACACUCUGUGGCAAGACUUCCCUUUCGCUUUAGUAGAACAAUGGCCUUGCAUUUCGUUUCAGUUCUUUCAUUGUUGUUAUUUCUAGUAAUAGACUUCGAUGUGAAACAAGAAUCUGAAACCUGGUGUUCCUUUAUUUUUUAACCUUCUGGUACAUUCUUUGAUUUGAAGAGGAAUAAAACUGAAUCUCCUCUUCUCUUCCUUAUCACGUUCACAUGUCCAUCAGGGUUGCCGAGACGGGAUCUUGACUCCAAACUUGUUUGUGCCCUUUAAAUGUGGAAGAAGACCAAAGUUCUAUCCAUGGGUGUUGUCACUAAAUAGAGACACCAUUGAAGCUGUUAAAAGAUACAAAAUGAGAAUCAGAAUGUAUUUUAUUUAUGUGUGUCUGUGAUCUCUGUUACAUCUUAUGUAUUGCACUUUUGGGAGAAACAGAAGUGAUACAGUGGAAUCAUCCGCAUUGUGUCAUACCGAUAGAUGAGUGUUCCUAUCACUAAUGGUUUAUGAAGCUUCUCAUAGGCUUAAAGUCAAACCAAUUUGGCAAAGAUCACAGUGAUAGGUUGCUCCACAGUUUUUUUUGUUACAAUUUAUCUUUUUUUAUAUUGAAGUAUGCAGUAAUUUUUUUGUACUGUAAUUUUGCUGUAGUUUGAAUGCAUAUUGCACUUUUUUUUAAAACAUUUGUUAAAAUAAUGUACCGUAUGUGUUUAUGAAAAUAAAUGUUUUUUCAUGCUA